UUUGUUGCUCUCCUUCGGUCUCUCUCGCUCUCUAUGCUUAUUGCAGUAACUCAAAUUUGGAGUUGUUAGAAGAUUUUUUUUUCUCUCGUAGAAGUUGAUUUUGUUUCUUUUCUGGUUUGCUCUAUCUUAUAGAGUGAUCGAGUUUAUGAUAUGAAGAAUGAUCUAUUAGAGGAUAUUAAUGAGUUUUUCGGUUGAAUUUUAGGGUUAUUACUUGUUCCAAUUUAAAGUCUGACCUUAAUUGCUCUUCUCUAAACAGUUCUUGGUUUGUGCGGCAAUAAUCCAUCUUUGAUCGCCUAGCUAAGUUAAUCUCGAUUUGGUGUCAUUUCUAUAUGAAGGUUGGGAUUAAAAAUGUGAUGCCUGUGGGUUUGGUAUGGAUUCCCGCGCUUAAGGAAGUCCUCUACGAACGGAAAGUAAAUUAGAAGAAACAAAGCUGCUCGCAAAUGGUUCCUUCUAGUGGCAUCAGGCUCCUUCACUGGAUGGCUUGUCGCUCUUUCUCCUUGUGCCUUAUUGAAGAUUCCAGAAAUUUACUAUAUAGAGCAGUAACUGGAAGAAGCUUGCGGGGAUUUAGCACUGGGUUUUGCAGCAGCUCGCGCAGAGUUUCUGGGAGUUAUGAACCAAAAAAUGCUAACCAUAGAAACUGGCUACCAUUAUGGUUUUUUAGUGCAAAUUCGGGUGUGACAAGGUCAAUUCACUGUACUGGUAUUUCUCAUGUUCUUUGAGCUCCUCCUGAUCUGGUGAUAGUCUGAUCACAAGUCUAUCUUGAAAAAAGAUCAUGGCUUUAUGUAAUUCGUCCAGAAGGUCAUCAUCAGUCACAGGCAUGAGAAACUUAUUUUUUACUGUGAUUGAGUUUAACUGUGUGUAGUCUAUGCAUAACGCCCAAGAGCCAUCUUUCUUUUUAAUUAAGUGCAGUGGAGAGGCAAAUGGGCUGUGGCUGGGUUGAAUGAUGGACCUGUCCAGCAUCUUGGCGAUUUCUUCUCGAUUUUUGUCUUUUAAAGAUAAGGGUGCCUAUAAGGUCAUUGGUGGUGCCUCUGCCAUUAGAGGAAUGGAGUGGUCUUGCUCUCUUCUUGGUGGUAAGGAGUUGGGUUCCUAAAAAAUUCCUUGAUAUUUGCCGAUUAUAGGUAACAAAUAACUCUUCAUUAUCCUUAACCCCCUCCUAAACCUUUCCUGGCAUUAGAGGAAUGGAGUGGUCUUGCUCUCUUCUUGGUGGUAAGGAGUUGGGUUCCUCAAAAGUUCCUUGAUAUUUGCCGAUUAUAGGUAACAAAUAACUCCUCGUUAUCAUUAACCUCCUCGUAAACCUUUCCUGGCAUUAGAGGAAUGGAGUGGUCUUGCUCUCUUCUUGGUGCUAAGGAGUUGGGUUCCUCAAAAACUCCUUGGUAUUUGCUGAUUAUAGGUAACAAUAAUUCCUCAUUAUCAUUAACCCCCUCCUGAGCCCUUCUUGGUUGGGUUUUGUAUUGAAUGGAGUACACUAGUUGGGUUCCUCAAAAAUUUCUCGGUAUUUGCCGAUUAUAGGUAACAAUAACUCGUCGUUAUCAUUAACUCCCUCCUGAGCCUUUCCUGGUUGGGUUUUGUAUUGAAUGGAGUAUGUGUCUUCCCCUCCUUGUUGUGCCUUUAGGAGCCAUCUUCCCCACCCUUUACCUAGUGCCUGCGUCAGUAAUCCUUCACCUUUUACUCCUUGAAUGAUCACUGGUUUCCCAUCCUUUGUUAAGAUAAUUUGCAUCUUUUUAAAGUUGAAGGACCCUGGGUUGUGUCUCUUCAUUCAGUAUGUUUCCCAAGAUCAUGCCAUAUCACCCCAGCUCCAUCAUCCCAAAGGUCCUCUUGAACUGUAUUUUCUGCAUUCUCCAGUGCAAAACAGAGGCCUGGUGUUGGCUGGUUAAGGCUUCCCUGUCGGCCACCAAUACCUUGAGUGUUGGGAAAGGUAUGUGUGCUGCUGCUGUUCACAAGAAUAAGGGCAAGUCUGGUGUCUAUAGUUUCCCAGAUCUUGGUUGUACUACCCUUUCCAUUCAUUCUGAAAAUUUGUAAUUAAAUUUUUUUGUUACAGCAAUUUCAUUCUUUCACAUGACUGAUAAAAUGAAAAUGCCAAGGAGAACAUUCACACAGCGGCACAGCGGCAGUACAAAAACUAAUUUGGCUUAGAUAUCUGAGUGAUUUGAUGAGAUUAUGCUGUUGCUUUUGUUAAUUGAUUAGCUUGCUCUGAUGUUACUACUUCCUCUCUGCUUUCCUGUCUCUCUUUCUUAUUUCAUACUAUUCUGGAUCUUGUCUUCUAUUUUUAUCACUGUCUAAUUAUUUCCCUGCAGAGAGCACUUUACUCGCUUGGACUGAAGAUGUCAGAUUUACAUGCUUCUGUUCAGAGGAAACGAAUUGAACUUGGAUCUUUACAGAGAACAAUCACUUUAUCAACAAUACUUAAAGCUCAAAUGUGGUCUCUGGAAGACUGGUCCACGCUUGAAGGGGAUUAUUCACAUUCUUUAUCAGAAACAAUUCAAGCUUUGUCGAAUGUCUCAACUCGGCUCCCAUUCAGUUCAAAUAUCAAGGUUGAUAUAGGAGAUGUAGGGGAGGCACUAAAUUCAGCAGUGAAGGUGAUGGAAACAAUUCUUUUACACAUUCAAAACUUUGUGCCAAAGGCUGAAGAGAUAGAAAAAUUGAUUUCGGAACUUGCAAGGGUGAUUGGGGGACAAAGAGUUGAGAUCCAAGAAUGUGGAGAUCUAUUAUCUCAGACGUAUGCUUUACAGGUGGAAGAAUGCAGCUUAAGGAGCCAGCUUAUUCAAUUUCAUCGGAGCUGUCCAGACAUUAAGCAAUAAUUAAUUGCUAUACUACAUUCUUGAUUGAUAUAAAAUUUCAUCUUCAAAAUAUUUCAUGUGCAAAAUAGUUCAUUUCUUUUUUUCUUUUUGUUUCAUUGGCCAUGAAAAUGAUUUGAUUUAUUUGGAUUAAGUUUGGAACAAGUGAUAUUUUUUUUUGUAAAAUUCAUUUAGUUGAUGAAAUCUAAAGUAAAUACCACAAAA